CCGGAAGUUACGUGAGCUCAUUUUCCCUGACGGCGCUAGAUAAACAAAACAAAAGCAACACAUCAAUUCACCUUUAUUUAAGACGCCGAGUGAAUUCCGAUGGAUCCCAGUUCAUAGACAUGUCCACCGGGAACCAUCGAUCCCCGUGAAGCCCCCGUACACUGAGGCCGGGAGGAGUUCGCGUCCUGCGGGCGGAGUUCGCAGCCACUGCUGUAUCGCUAGCUUAGCGGUUAGCUCGACAUGUUUAUUUUCGUGUUGGGGAGAAGCAGCGCGACGUGAUGACACGGAACUGUCGCGGUGUCGGCGAGUAGCUGCACGUUUCACCCGCAGAGAUCGGAAGGUUGUGGGACGCAGGUGUAAAACUCAAAGUUGUUACCCAGAGCUGCACAAGCCCCCCCCCCCACCCACACCCACCCACCCUCCAUCCAUCAUGGCGUGGGCUCUGAAGCUGCCUCUCACGGAUGAGGUGAUCGAGUCCGGACUGGUCCAGGACUUCGACGCCAGUCUGUCGGGCAUCGGACAGGAGCUCGGUGCUGGGGCGUACAGCAUGAGUGAUGUCCUUGCCCUCCCCAUCUUCAAGCAGGAGGAGUCCAACCUUCCUCCAGACAACGAAAACAAGAUCCUUCCCUUUCAGUAUGUCCUGUGUGCAGCUACCUCGCCAGCCAUUAAACUGCACGAUGAAACACUCACCUACCUCAACCAAGGACAGUCCUAUGAAAUUAGAAUGCUGGACAAUCGGAAAAUUGGGGAACUUCCGGAAAUCACGGAUAAAAUGGUGAAGAGCAUUAUACGUGUAGUGUUUCAUGACCGCCGGCUUCAGUACACAGAACACCAGCAGCUGGAAGGCUGGCGCUGGAACAGGCCCGGGGAUCGCAUCCUCGACCUCGAUAUCCCCAUGUCUGUCGGCAUAAUCGACCCCAGGGCUAACCCUACUCAGCUUAACACUGUGGAGUUCCUUUGGGACCCAUCAAAAAGAACCUCAGUUUUUAUCCAGGUUCACUGCAUUAGCACAGAAUUCACUAUGCGAAAGCACGGGGGCGAAAAGGGCGUCCCCUUCCGCAUCCAGAUCGACACUUUUAAAGAGAAUGAGAGUGGAGAGUACACAGAACACCUCCACUCUGCCUCCUGUCAGGUCAAAGUCUUUAAGCCUAAAGGUGCAGACAGAAAGCAGAAGACCGACCGGGAGAAGAUGGAGAAGAGGGCACCACAGGAAAAGGAAAAGUACCAGCCAUCCUACGAAACCACAAUACUGACAGAGUGCUCUCCCUGGCCUGAGGUCACGUACGUCAGCAACUCGCCAUCUCCCGGCUUCAUCAGCAGCACACACAACAGCUUCCCGGUUCCAGAAGGGAACGGAUCACCAACCCACCAGCCGGAGCCGGUGGUUCCGGUACCAGAGGUAAUCGCACUGGUCUCUGAUAAUUUGUUACCUCUGGCAACACCGCAGGACGCACAACAGUGGCUUCACAGAAACCGCUUCUCCCCCUUCUGUCGGCUCUUCACCAACUUCUCAGGGGCAGACAUGUUGAAACUGACCCGGGACGAUGUCAUUCAGAUCUGUGGACCAGCAGAUGGUAUUAGACUCUUCAAUGCACUGAAGGGACGUGUGGUACGUCCAAGGCUGACCAUCUACGUUUGCCAGGAGUCUCCAGAGGCACGAGAUCAGAAACACGAAAACGGAGACGCUGCCACCAACACAUUCUUUAUUUAUCACGCCAUCUACUUGGAGGAGCUCACAGCGUCCGAGCUGACGGAGAAGAUCGCUCAGCUCUUCAACAUCUCACCCAGACAGAUCAACCAGAUCUUUAAACAGGGUCCUACUGGCAUCCAUGUGCUUGUUAGUGAUGAGAUGAUCCAGAACUUCCAGGAUGAAAUGUGUUUUAUUCUGGACACAAUGAAAGAUGACUCAAACGAAGGCUACCACAUCAUCUUGAAGUGAACGCUGAGCAGGAGCUUUUCUUAAGACCUGAUCCACUCACUCCCUCUAGAGCCUCUUACUCCUCGCUGUUCUCAGAAUAUGCUGCGAAUGCUCCAGAAAAAUUCUCGAGGCUGCUGAGAGGAACCUGUGACUCAAUCCCUUUGCCCUCUCCCCACUAAACCUUACUGUCGUACUUCUGAGGGAGUGACUCUGAUACCACAGUGACAUAAUGCUCUCCUUUGUACCCUGCUGUUGCACCCCAGCCUCGUAUGUGGUUGCGUUUUCCUCUGUCGCUUGUGUCUCGUGCAAGGGGUUAGCGGCACUUCAGCUGCUAUCGCUGUUCCUCUGUUCGUUGAGCGUCUGGUGUGCCAACGCUCUGUGCUUCAGAAUCCAAGGUGUGUUUCUUUUUCAAAACCGUCAACCAAAAACCAGAAGGAAAGAAAUCAAAGCUAGAAAUGUAGAGAAACCGACUUGACUUUCAGAGUGAUGCAGCAUGGAUUCUCGUCUUCAUGCUAGGUAGCCUCAUGGGAGCCUCUUAAUGCCAGGAUGCAGGAAACGUUAUACAAGUAGACACAAUCGCUGUCACAUCACUCUAGAGGCAUCAAAAAUCAUCAAUCAGGACAUGAAGGGAAACUGCAGGAGUCCAGUUCUGCUUCUACAAUUCCUCAAACAGAUAAAAACCUCCACUCAUUUGGAUUUGAGUAAAACAAAGGUUUUCCAGGCUCCCAACCCCAGAUAGAUCCCUACAGUUAGUGCAAAGUGCAUACUCGCACUCAAGGUUGUUUCUUACAAAUCUAGAAAGAUGAUGAAUCACCGUCUACGUUCGUGAUCACACAGCAAACGGUCUCUAUGUGCUUCAGAGCAAUCAGCUUGUUAAGCACCUUUUUAUUUUUUAUUUUAUAUUUAACUUUAUUUUUUGAUAGAUCAUUGUUUUAAGAUGCUUUCCCAAUGAAGCAUGCGUCACGUCGGACAUUAUUUUAAUGCUCUACUUUUUUUAAACCUUUCUUACAUCUCUUCAUCGAUGUCUUUGGUGUCACCACUUCCUAGAGCUGCAUGUCGCACGAUUGCGGUCAGUCCAUUUUUUAUGCUUAUGGAAAUCCAUAGCUUGACAUUGUAGAUCUCCAUCGCAGCCUUAUUAAGACUCUCACCCAUGUACUGACUCCCGUCUGAUUCUCUCCUCGUGAUCAUUGAAAAAAUAAAAUUGUUUUUUUAAACCAA